AUGUACAUCCCAACCGCCCAAAGUGUUAUGACGUCCGCAUUGGCCAUGUGCGGUGUCUGGACAAAAUCAUCAACCGUGGCCGAGGGUAAGGUGAUGGACUACUCAGUCGAGAAGUGCCUAGAUAGCGACGGAAACAUGAGAUGCUCGAAGCCAUUCAUGGUGUCAAAAUCCACCUGCUAUAAUGUUGAGUGGCGUACCGAGGGCACUUUAACCCACACCACGGUCGAAGUUCGUGACGCGGGGUCAAACGAGAUAGUGUAUUAUCGUGAUACAAAUGGCCAGUGGACUCCCGAGAAGGGCGAGCUUGUAUAUCUCGACUUCAAGCCCAAGAUUCCGAAGAUGGGCAAUUCAACUGUCGAGUACAAGGUCACAACAUGCGAAUAA